AUGGCGGCAGCACGAGCCUCGACGGCCGCAGUCGAGCAGGUCGAACACGUCGAACAAGUCGCACAUUCUGCUGCCGCAUCAACAUCAUCGUUUUGGGAUCGCGUAGGGACUUGGUAUCACGACAACAAGGUUGCGGCAUGGACCAUCGCUGGUGUGACAGUAGUCGUCGCUGGAGGCACAGUCUACUAUCUAUCACAACCGCCCAAGGUCACAGCCGAUGCAUCCAAGCCCAAGAAGAGGAAAGGCAAGAAGGCGACGGCGGGGUCAGAUAAGAUCAAUUCCGAGGAAAAGACGGAAGCGAAAGCUGCGCCGCCUAAACAGCCUGUCGUAGAGGAGGUAGAAAAGCUGCCUCAGGUCACAGAGGAGUCGGUGGCAUCACUAUCGGAAGCUGAUCGCAAGGACUAUGCGGCCAAGCUGAAGGCUGCGGGAAACAAGGCAUAUGGCAGCAAGGACUACAACAAAGCGAUCGACCUCUACACACAAGCCAUCCUCUGCAAAGCUGAUCCUGUCUUCUACUCUAACCGAGCCGCCUGCUACAACGCCUUGAGCGAAUGGGCCAAGGUCAUCGAGGAUACCACUGCUGCGCUCAACCUGGAUAACGAAUACGUCAAGGCACUUAACCGAAGAGCAAACGCGUACGAGCAAGAAGGAAAGUACAGCGAAGCGCUUCUCGACUACACUGCCAGCUGCAUCAUUGACCAAUUCCGCAACGAAACUUCUGCUCAAGCUGUCGAAAGGCUGCUCAAGAAGGUCGCCGAGACCAAGGCCAAGAAGAUCAUGGAAGGCAAGGAAAAGAAGCUGCCAUCGCCCACAUUCGUCUCCAACUACCUGCAAUCAUUCCGCGCCAAGAAUCUUCCUGAAGGACUCGAAGAAACUGCCGACCUCGAGGAGGGGAGCGGCAAGUGGUAUCUACGAAAGGGACUUCUCGCGAUCAAGCGUCGAACUGGCGAAGGCUACAACGAGGCUGCUGAGAGUUUUGAUAAGGCGAUUGAACAGAACAACCUCGAAAAGCACGAAGCAAACGCGUAUAACAUGCGCGGUACAUUCCGUUACCUCAGAGGCGAGAACGACGCCGCAUUGGAAGACCUGAACAAGUCUAUCGAGCUGGACGAAUCUCUCGUGCAAAGCUACGUGAAGCGUGCUAGCAUGCAUCUGGAGCAAAAAAGUGCAGACACUUACCAAGCAUUCAAAGGUGCACGCGACGCCGCUGCCAACGACUUCGAACUCGCCCAAAAGUACAACCCCGACGACCCAGACAUCUACUACCACCGCGCACAACUUCACUUCAUCCUCUCCGAGUUCAGCUUAGCCGCGACCGAUUACCAGAAAUCGAUCGAUCUUGACAAGGAUUUCAUCUUCUCGCAUAUCCAGCUUGGUGUGACACAGUACAAGAUGGGCUCGGUAGCAAGCAGUAUGGCCACGUUCAGGCGCUGCAUUAAGAACUUUGGUGACAAAAGCGAUGUGUACAACUACUACGGUGAAUUGCUGCUCGAUCAGCAAAAAUACCAGGAGGCAGUCGAGAAGUUCGAGACUGCGGUCGAAAUGGAGAAGAAGGCCGUUGGCGAACGUGGUGGCGGCAUGAACGUGCUGCCACUCAUCAACAAGGCACUUGCUCUGUUCCAGUGGAAGCAAGACUUCUCUGCUGCCGAGGAGCUUUGCGAUAAGGCACUGAUCAUCGAUCCCGAGUGCGACAUCGCAGUCGCCACCAUGGCUCAACUCCUUCUGCAACAAGGCAAGGUCACUGAAGCACUCAAAUACUUUGAGCGCGCCGCCGAGCUCUCACGAACAGAAGGCGAGAUCGUCAACGCUUUGUCAUAUGCUGAGGCCACAAGGACACAGCUCGAAGUGCAAGAAAAGUACCCACAACUGGCUGCCAAGCUGCAAGGCAUGGGAGCUGGGAUGGGUGGCCCGCCCAUGAGGUAG